AUGAGUAAGGAAAUAACUCUAGAAAUAAAAUGUAACCUGAAAUCAUUCUACUGCAAACGUCGAUUUCCCGUAUCUGAAUGGACAUUGGGAGAUUUUCGGCAGUUUCUCGAACAGUUACUUGACAUUAACAUUGAAGAUAUAAUUAUUCGUCUCCAUUCUCAAGAAUUACGAGCAGACCAAGAUCAUACUUUACUAUCUAAUGUUAAUGGUUUAUGCGAAAAUGAGAUAAUUACAGUCGAUUCGCAUCGUCGUUUUGAUGAUAUCGAUUAUGUGAAUAGAUUACCAGAAAAAUAUCGAAUGUCCGAUGAAGUGUAUGCACAACGGAAAGGAACAUUAAAAGAUUAUCUUCAGCGAAAUAAAUUAGGGAAGUAUAGUGAUCAUUAUUCUUCGUUGGCUUCAUAUUCGAAUAUUAAAAAUAGAAAAGAAUUGAAACUACGUGAAUUAAAUCGUCUAAAAUUGAAACAAAUAGAGAUUGGAAUGCAGAUAGAAGUGAAUGAACCAUCGUUACACAAACGAUACGGUGAAGUUGUUUAUAUUGGUACAUUACGUGGAAUCCGUGAUGAAUUUAUUGGCGUGUUAUUCAGUGAACCUGUUGGUGAUUCAAAUGGAUGUGAUGGAAUCAUCCGAUACUUUGAUGCGAAACGAAAAUAUGCAAGUUUUGUUCGACCUGAAUAUAUUGAAAUUCUUUCAAAUGAUCUCAAUGAGAAUCACGAGUGGAACAGUUAA